AUGGACUUAGUACAAGGAAGAAUGAAGUCUUGUCUUCUGUCUGCCCUAGUGCUAGCUGGAGUGGGGAUCCUCGCAGCCGGCUACUAUUUGCGAGUGAAUACAAUUGAAGUGAAAAUGUCCAGAAAACGUAUGAAAUAUAUUCUACCCAACGGAAUACAGUCACUCGUACUCACGGUCAAAGAUGUUCAAGAUGUCCAGUCGUUUGUGUUCUUCGUGGGUUACCCUCGGAGCGGUCACAGCGUCCUGGCUAGUAUGAUGGAUGCCCACCCUAAUGCUAUCCUUGCUCAUGAGUUCAACCUCUUCCCAAAGCUAGACAGUAACCAUAGUCUCCGGUCAGACAGAAUGUCCCUGUACAAGGCUCUGUAUAAGAACAGCUACAAGCAGUCAACUCAGGGCUGGCGUAGUAUGAACCCUGCCUUCCAAAGCAAAGGCUAUGGCCUCACACUCAACAACUCUCUGUCUUGGCAAGGUCGUUAUAGACGCUUGCGAGUGAUUGGUGACAAGUCUGGAGGGAUCACGGCAAGACUGUAUCGUAGCCAUGGACGAAGAUUCACUACCUUGUAUAAACAAUUGUCUGAGUUAGUGAAGGUCCCCAUCAAGGUUAUCCACGUCGUCAGGAAUCCAUAUGAUAUGCUCGCAACACGACUGCUGUACAAGUUCUCAGAUGUGAAGAGAGAGAAGGCUCACUACACUCCAUAUCACCCCCUCAAUAACCCCUCCAACGUCACUAAAGCCAUGAUGAGUCUCUAUUCUGAGGCUGAGGCUGUACUCAACAUGACCAAGGCAUUGCAACUGGAUAUCCUCGAGGUACACAAUGUGGACUUUAUACGGAACCCCAAAGAAGAGAUGGGAAAUGUGUGUAAGUUUAUUGGUUUGCAGUGCUCCUCUGGAUACCUGAACAUGGUUGCUAGGAGCACCUUCAAUGACCUCUCCAUCACAAGGAGGUCUGUGCUGUGGUCGGAUGAGGCUCGUCACUUCAUGAAGACCAAGAUGCUCUUACUUCCAUUCUUUAAGCGCUACUCAUAUGAGUCAUCAUACUGAACUGAACAAUGCAAUGCACGACACUUUGUAUUAUCUGCUAUUUUUUGCCAUUGUUGCUAUAAUCAUGAUUAAGUUUUUUGUCAAUAAUUGUUUAAUACUGUAAGAAUUUUGUUGAAAAAUUG